GACAGUCAACACCUCAGCACUCCUGCGACACUGAUCACUGCUGUCGGAAGUUUACGUGCUUUAGGAACAUCUGCGACGUUUGGAGUUGAUGAUAACCAGAACUUGCGGAACACUAACUUCUCAGGCAAAAGACAUGACCCAAACACCCAAACAAGUGAGAGCCAAUGAGCUCACACAGGACAACAGUCAAACUGGGGAAGGCAAUUGGAGCUCGGAAGAAGAGGUACAGGAAGUCAGUGGGCAGUGCAUAGCAGCACCUCAGUUACCUGAAACAUUGCUCUACACUUGUUAUAAACAAAGGAGUGACGAGUUUCGGAGGUUGUUCAAAGAGGUGCCAGAGUCUGAGAAACUAAUUGCAGACUACACCUGUGCUCUCCAAAAGGAUAUCUUGUUACAUGGACACAUCUAUUUUACAGAGAAUUGUUUAUGUUUCUACAGUAAAGUUUUUCGUGGUACAAAAAUCACAGUAAAUAUGCAGGAUAUCAUCUUAAUGUCACGUGAGAAGACAGCGAAAUGGAUACCAAAUGCCAUCCAGAUCAGUACUGAUUCAAAGAAGUUUCUCUUCAGCUCAUUUUCAGCAAGGGGGAAAAGUUACCUCAGUAUGUUUCGGCUUUGGCAGAAUGUUCUACUGGACAAGAAGCUAACCAAGUUGGAGCUGUUGCAGAUGGUUAAGCAGCAUUAUGGCAAUGAAUUAGGAUUGAGUCAUGAUGAAAUGGAAAGCUUUCAAACACCAGUAGAAACCGUCACACCCACCGUGCCCAGUCUGAAUAUGCGUGGAGAGGAUAACACUGGGAGACCAGAAAGGCCAACAUCGCUUCGUCUUCCCCAAGGGGAACUAAAUCCUCAUGAAGCCACCACACCAAAGGGAGAUGACACACAGUCUUCAGCUGGACUACAAAGCAUGCUCUCAGCAAAUGGAGGGGACGGCACUCUCAGUACCCCAUCGCAUCAGCGCAGUCCAAAUCUAUCCUUAAACCACUCAGGGUCUGAACGAGUGUCUAAACGCUCUGCUCUCUCUCUGGAUCUAAAUGCCAAUGAAGACCAGCUCUCGGAUAACAGCAGAUCCGACAGCCUGGAGGAGGUGGAAGAACGUGAGACAGCAUCUCCGGUGUCUCAGGGAAGGCUGUUUGUGAACCGGGUCUUUCACAUCAGUGCUGAGAAGAUGUUUGACCUGCUUUUCACCGAUUCUAGUUUCGUGCGGAGGUUUAUGGAUAUCAGGAAGAUCAUAGGUGCAAGCUCUACCUCUUGGCAAAGGGAGGCCUCUGGAGGUAUGAAAAGGACUUUGAACUACACCAUCACCAUUAAUAACCCCCUGGUUGGCAAGUUCUCCACUGCUACAGAAACCCAGACCCUAUAUAAAGAGUCAAGGGAAGGUCAGUACUACAUGAUAGAUUCAGAGGUUUACACACACGAUGUACCAUACCAUGACUACUUCUACACCCAGAAUCGCUACUGUAUCAUCCGCAACUCCAAGCACAAGUGCAGACUCAGGAUUUACACUGAUGUCAAAUACAAAAAGCAGCCCUGGGGUCUUGUUAAAUCCUUUAUCACGAAAAACUCCUGGAGUGGCCUGGAAGACUACUUUAGACACCUUGAGGCAGAGCUGCUAGAAGAGGAGGCAGAGUUGACUCAAGGAAGCGGAGAUGCUGGAAAGACGGGUGGUUUGCGAAGGAGGCGAAGAACAUACAGUCGCACCCUACAGGAGCACAUGAAACCAGGGAAGCAGUACAGCGCAGACUCUGAUCAGCAGAGAGCCGGCACCAUGGGUGCCAUGGAUAUAAAGAACACACAACACAGACAGAACAUCACUUCGAUUGUAUUUGCGAUGAGCUUAAUACUUUUUGUUCUGGUGGUUCUGAACUUGGGGCUGUUCUUUAAACUUUGGGCCAUGGAAGAUGUCGCUCACCGUUUGUAUCUGAACACCAAGCACAGAAUGAAGGAGGGAGUAGAGUCUAGUAGUUUAGCACCUGACUUAGGCUCCAGACAAGGUAUGCCACACAGAAGUCAAGAAGAAGCGCAUUUACUGAGGGCAGUACUGCAGGACUCCAUUAACCUUCUAGAACAGCUACGCAGUUCUCUUGUGGCGCUUCAGCAGAACUUUCAGGCCUACAACAGAUCCUUCUCUCAGUUUUAAAUGGCAAUGAGUUUGGUGACCUGACAACACAAGGGUACUUUUCCCAUAAGACCUGUCAUCGUUGAGGAGGGUUUCUAUAGGUACUGUCACCCCAGGGCACACGUAGCCAUGUUCAUCUUCUCUGCUUUUUUGUCUCAGAGAUGUAAUGGAUUCAGUGCAGUUGCACAGGGUUUUCACUUUAAUUAUGAAAGGGGGCGAUGCAGGCCCAUUGCCUCUAAAGAUCUGCCUAACAUUUAGUCGUGGCCUUUUUGUCUUGAUUUAGAUAACGAUCUUGUUCUAAGAUACCUCUAAGAAUUUGUAAAUGAUUGCACCUUAAAACCUUAUUAAAGCAGGGAUCACUAAUGUUGUUGAAAUUAUAGAAUGUUUGUAAGCUCUGAAUGUUCAUCAGGAUUUUGAUAGUGUCUAAGAGUACAGGUUUGUGGGAAGAAGACAAAAUAUCUGAGGUUUACUGUAAAGGAUGAGCGGAAAUGUUUUAAAUUGUUUACACUCUUGGUCUUUAAAAUAUCACUUGUUGUUCAACUUUUAGAGACCGUAUUGUCACUGUGAACUACAUUUGUAACACAGUCAUGUAAAUUAUUUUCAAUAGGAAAAGUGUGGUAAUUUAUCAAAAGAGAAUGUGUAAUCCUCAAGCAUUUAAUUAUUUCACAGAAAAAAUAUGUUAGGGGUGGAUGUGUUUAGAUUGAAAAUUCUCUGACAUUCUUAAUAACAUUUCUUCUGAACAUAUUUAUAAAUAAAAUUCCCAUAGCAUUACAAUGUUCAGUUUGUGAAGCUAAAUAUUUUAUCGCGAUUUUAUCAUGUAACAUCCAAAUCAAAUAUCAGAAGAUUGUUACAUUAUGACUAUUCAUCAACAGAGGUUGUCAACAUGCACAUGAAAUUGUCUCUAACAUAGAUUAAAAUAAAUAUUACAU